UAAAGUCUGAUUGUAAUGUUGUGACAUGGCUCAAAAUGAUAUUGUUAGAUAAAAUUAUAUAAGUUGCUGACUAAAGACGACUACACAUUUCAGGUACAUAAACAAAUAACUCGAAUUAUUAUACUCAUAAGUCAUAACACAUUCGUUAUUUAAAUUGUAUGGAUUCAGCGUUAAAAAGUGUACAUGAGUGUUUCUACUAAAAAUGAUUUCCAAGAUGCUUUUAGUUACUUUUCCUAUUCUUGUAGUCUUGUGUCAUAAAUCAUUGGCACAAUAUGCACCAGCACCGCCGGGUGUCAACCCGCAGCUGUAUCAACAACAGCAGCAGCAAGUACCUAUUCAACAUUUACCUCCCCAACAAAAUGUUCCUCAACAAUUACCUUACCAACAGCAACCGCCGCCACCACCAUCACCUCAGCAGCAGCCACAUCAACCACAACAACAACAACAACAACAACAACAACAGCAACCACCGAGUCAUGGCCAUGGUUCCCAAGGACAUCAUCCUCAUGCACAACAAGUGUUACAUAAUCCAAACUUAGCAGAAGAAAGCGAGCACAUAAAAAAACAUUUGGAUCUACCAACAUUAGACACAAGUAAAAUGUCUGAACAAGAAUUACAAUUCCAUUAUUUCAAAAUGCAUGAUGCAGAUAACAAUAAUAAAUUAGAUGGAUGUGAACUUAUCAAGUCACUUAUACAUUGGCAUGUUCAAGGUGGUCAUGAUCCCGCAGCGGGUGGAGCACCUCCCCAAGAAAAGAUAUUUACAGAUGAAGAAUUAAUGCAGUUAAUUGAUCCUAUAUUAACUAUGGAUGACACAGAUUUUGAUGGUUUUAUAGAUUAUCCAGAAUUUGUUAUUGCUCAAAACAAAGCAGGCAGUACUCAGAAACAAUCGGCAUAAGAAAAUAAACAAUUUAAUUACAUACAAAAAAUAUAUAUAAAUUAAAUUUUUUUUAUUUGGAAUUGACUAUUACACAAAUAAUAAUUAUUUAA